AUGAGGCCAGGAGGCGUCUGCGAGCUUGGGUUAGAAGUCUGGGGUUCAAAGCGGCGGGAGGCUCAGCCUUACUGCCUUAAGUUAGUUAAGGUUGGAAUGGGGAUGACAAAGUCGUUGGUGCAUCUUCUGCCCUUCAUUUUCUGCGUCAGAGACCUACCUUUGUUCUCAUACCAAUAUUCCGUCGUGGGGUGUCGCGUGCUGCUUGGGAGAAUUUUAAGCAUAAUUUUGCCGGUGCCACUUGCUACUAUUCAAUUAUUACCUGCAGCGAACUCCUCCUUACUACCUCGUGCGCUCCGCGAACGUGCGCGAUUUCCCCUCUACGAAACGCAAAAUACCGACAUAAUCAAAACGAACAAUCUGUCUGUAUCUAAUAUUCCCGGGCGAACCAGAAAUCUGGCCGAGCAAACUACGCCGAGAAGCAGCGCCCACAGCUGUCUUGAUCUGUCGACGCUCCAGAUAUCAUCCCUGUCACAACCCCCGAACGGCGCCGCUGUCGAUCCGCCCGGCGCCUCGGAGGGGCAGACUUUCACAGCUCCAACAUCCCGCUCUCCAUCCCCCGAUACACCCAGCUUCCGCAGCGACUCUCAAAAGCUUGUCUCGAAACGGAAGCGGGUCACCAAAAAGGCGCGCGGCGUCCUGGGUAAGGUUCGUGCCUUCCAAAGGAUCGCUGCCGCCAAAAUGGCACAUCCCAACAUUAAAAUCGACACGAGCGUCCAGGCAACCAAGCGCUCACAUCCGGACAACGAGGAAGGGGCUGAGAUAAUAGAUGGACCGGAAGAUGACAACCCUCAACUCGAAAUGGCGGAUAACGAACUCGUCCCGCCGUUCUUGCGGCAGUCGAUCUUAGAUAUCCAUCAUAAAUUUGAAGAGCUAGAGUGGAUGCAGCGGACUCGAAUUCUGGAAGCGACCCAAGCUAAUGAUCCUUCACAUCGUUGGGCGUUGGAGGCCGACCCCGAAGUCAAGGCUAGAAACAGAUAUGCGAACGUACAAGCGUGGGCUAAUUCUCGCAUACAUCUUCGGGUUCCGGAAGGCGAAUGUGAUUUUAUCAACGCAUCGCCCAUCUUGCUCAAAGACUCGGUCUCGCUGGAGCAGAGAAGAUACAUCGCUACGCAGGGACCCAGGCUGGAUGACCUCUAUCACUUCUGGCAUAUGGUUUUCCACGAGACUGAUGAUGUGGGGGUGAUUGUUAUGCUCACGCAGACGAUGGAAUCGGGUCGUGAGAAGUGCGCCCAAUAUUUCCCCGUCAGUUUUGAAGACCCGUCGAUGCUCCUACGAUGCGACAACAACGACCCUUUCGUGGAUGGUGAUGAAGAUCAAACGGAGGAUGAAGGCGUGUUUGGUCAAAUCACUCUCCUGGAAAGCACAUGGAACGCAGAGUGCCGUUCCGAGAUUCGAAAACUUGAGCUUACAUUGGGCUCCGAAUCCAAGACUGUAUGGCAUUUUCUCUUUGCCGGUUGGGCGGACUAUUCUAAACCCGUUGGCGAAGACCGCGAUGCGCUUCUCCGGUUGAUAGAAUUGUCAGCGUCCAAGUCUUCUUCUCCACAGAAUCCGCGAAUUGUUCACUGCAGUGCUGGUGUUGGGAGGACGGGCACUUUUAUCGCACUCGACCAUCUCCUACAAGAACUCGAAUCAGGCGAACUUCUAAAGGCCACUGAUCAAGAAAUAGACCCCGUAUUCGAGGCGGUGAACCAACUUCGCGAACAACGAAUGAUGAUGGUGUAUAACGAGAUGCAGUUGAUUUUCAUAUACGAAGUCUUGCGAGAACAAGCUGACCUCAUCCUGGAAAAGACUUAUGGCAUCAGUCGUCAGAAAUCCGAUACCAGGUCUGCCAAAAUUGCCAAAUUGUCCGACGAAGAUACCUAUCUGCCAGCCCCUAAACCUGAAUUGGAGCCGACAGAGUACCACUCUGAUACAGAAACCCCAGGGCAGCCUGAAAACGAGGAAACACAGUCUUAA